GUCUAAACUUUUUAAAUAAAAUAUAUAAAUAUAACAAUAAUAAUAAUAAUUUAGUUCAUUUACAAAAUAUAGCUAGUUAUAUAAAAUAUCAAUAAAAUAAUAAAAUAAUCAUGGAUAACUGUUUAGAAAUUACUAAAACAUUUGGUGUUGGGUCAUCAAGAUAUAUAUCAUGCUUACCAUUUAGCUUUAAAACAAGUCAAGAUUUAAGAGCAAAUAUAGUACAUGAUUCAAUACUUGAAAAAGAGCCAUUAGAUAAAAGCUAUAUAUUAACUGUGCCAAUCGGGGGUGGAAUAGUUCAUUGGGAUAUCAGGUCAAAAAAGAGAUUACCAUCACCAAAUAUUUAUAAGCAAUUACAUUCAGAUGUAAUAACAUGCUUAAUAAGGGUUAAGCCAAUACCACCAAGCCAUAUUAAUAAUAGCGAUAAUAUCACUUAUUGGUUUAAUAAUUAUUUUCAUAUUAGUUCAUCAUAUAGUGGCGAAAUUGGAAUUUGGGAUUCAGAAUGGAAUCAAGUAUUAAAGUACCAAAUACCAGCAUUUGAAAAAGAAAUUUCAUCAUCAAAUAAAAUUAUGCACAUUUCAAUUGAUGAGUCUUAUGAAUCAUUCCCAAUAGUCAGAUUAGCAGUUUCAAAUGAACAUGGUAACUGUAAUAUUAGUAUCUUACAAUUAGACUUUAGCGAAUAUUUAAACAGCUACAACGAUAGCAGUAUUCAACAAAAAGGUUCAAUUAAAAUUAAAUUAGAAAAUGAAUUUUCAAAUAAAUUAUUGUUUUUUGGUGAAAUGGUUGAUUCAAAUCAUUUCAUUGCAAUUCAACAAGAUGUAGGAAAAGAAGGCUUUCAAGAAUCAAGAACUUUAAAGAUUGGGGAUAAAAUAAUCAAUAUCUAUAAAUUCGAUUGCACAACAGGUGAAAUUGUUAACGAAUUAAAAGAAGUUAGGGGUUCAGAAUGUAUACUUUUAGUUAAGAAUCAAGAAUACUAUAAUGGUGAUGGAAAUAAAACCAUAGCACUGUCAAGAAAUAGAACCAUAGAAGUACUGGAUUUUCAAGAUAAACAAAUGAAACACGUUAAAUCAAUUCAAUGUGAAGGCUCUGGCCUUAUGAGAGAUUUGCUCUUUUAUCAAGAUAUGUUAUUAGUACCAUGUAGUAAUAGUGAUUUGUUAUUAUACUCAACAUCCAACGAAAAAUUAGUAUCAAAAUGGAAAUCGAAUAAUUAUGGCGUAGUUUAUUCCUUGAAAUGGUCCAUUCCAGGUAGAAGACUAUGGGUAUUUGACGAAUCUGGUAUUCAUUCAAUUUAUUUAAAGCAAUCAAGUACUGGUGAAGAUAUUAAAUUAAUCGAAGAAGUAAAUGAAAAUGAUAUCGAAAACUAUACAUUGCUUUACCAUCAAAUCACAUGCUGCGGUAUCGAUUCAAAUGAGGAUGGUAGUCUAGUUGCUUGUGGAGAUUUCUUGGGUAACAUUAUGAUAUGGGAGUCUAAUGAAUCACACCCAGACAAGCCAUUAAAAGAGUAUUGCUUUGGUAUACCAAUUAGAUCGUUAUCAUGGGGUGGCGGUGAUGAAUCAAUUUUAAUCGGCUUGAUGGAUGGCUCGCUAAUGCAUUGGAACUUAUUAAAACCAAUUAAUACAAAUGAUAGCGAAGGAGAACCUUUAAACCCAAGCCUAAUAUCAUCUCUUCAAGAUAGUAUUACAUGUAUCCAAUGGGAAAAAGAAAACACCAAUAACAAUAUCAAAGAGUCUUCAACCUCGUCAAAUAAAUCAAUUGUUGCAGUAGGUACUACAGGUGGUCAUUUAAAUAUAUUUAAAAGAAUAAUAAAUAAAAAUACAAAUAGAGAAGAGUUUGUUUUAGAAUGGAGUUGCCUAGCACAUCAACCUUCAACUGGUCCUCAAGAUUUAAGAUUUGGUUCAAUUAAUAAAUUUGCAGAAAUUUGGUCACUUACUUUCCAUCCAACAAACAAUAAUAUAGUUGCAACCUGUUCAGAAGAUCAAACUACAAUCAUUUGGAAUAGAGUUACAGGUGAAAAGGUAAAAACCUUGACAGGUCAUACAACAGCUGUAACUUGUGUAGAUUGGCAAGCAAUCGUUAAACACAAUGAUGUUGGCAAUGCUUUUAAUAUUUUAGCAACUUGUGCAGAUGAUCAAACUGUUAGAAUUUGGAAUACAGAUGAUUGGAAAGAAAUUUUAAUAUUAAAUACAAAUGAUAUCGGAGAGUGGCAUACAGUAACUUAUCUAUCAUUGGUAAUUAAUGAAAAUAGAAAUCCUUUAGUAGUAUGUGCAACACAAAAUGGCUGGAUAUUUGUAUGGGAUUCAAUUUUAGGUAAAAAAAUAUAUUCAAAACGUACUCAUCUAGGUUCAAUUGAAGGUUUACGUUGGAACAAAAUUUCAAAUACUCUAAUAUCAUGUUCAAGUGACUGUUUAAUUCAUGUAUAUAAAAUAGAAUAAAUAAAAAAGAUAUAUAACAAUAAAACUAUAGCAUAGUAAAAUAAAAUAUAGUAAUAUUUUACAAUGUUAUUAUUAUAU